AGGGCUAAACUAGCUUCAAUCACAAUUUCUAGUCUAAGAAGCGAUAGGAUGCCACAAAAAGUUGAGCAUCUAGCAGUCUAGUGAAUAUCCAAAAUGGCGACGAUAUUCCGAACUACAUUUUCAAGGUUUCGCAUUUCAAGAGCUGUUUUGCGACCUUUAUCGACAUCUACUAGUCGUUUUACUGCAAAUGAACUUGUUGAAGACAAAGAAACACACACUGGACAGAAAUGGGAGAAAGAAGAUUACAGGAUGGCUAGAUACGUGGACAAAUCUAAAACUGUGAAUACUAGACAUGCUGCAGACCUCAUACUAGAGGUGCCCCCUAUAGCCUCUCAGAGUCGUGUUGUAUCUUGUGAUGGUGGUGGUGGGCCAUUGGGACACCCUAAGGUGUACAUCAACCUUGACCAAGAAGGCAAUCACUCAUGUACAUAUUGUGGACUUAGAUUCUACAAGGAAGAUCACCAUUGACAAAACAAGGACUUAAAAACAAUAGGAAAAAAUAAACAAUAAAUAUGCCAUUUAGUAAUGAAGUUUGCAUAUAAACUAUCAUACGGCCUUGCUUGGAUAAAUAAGUAAAUUGUUUAACAUAUCCUAACUCUUUUUCAACUCGGCUUCAUAAAAGUAAGAUCAGUAAUAGCUCUAGCUUCAGUUUUUAUAGACAUUUGACCAAAAUUAUAAGAAUACAAGAAUAACAAUAAUUCAAGAAAUUAGAAGAUCAAUACAUUUACAAUAAAAUGGAAAGAGUCAGCCUUUUGAAAAAAUUGUUAAACACAGGGUUUAAUUACCAUAGCCUAGACUAUUAAAACACAGAAAGCAUUUGAUCUAUUAGCUCUGUUUGUGCAUUAAUUAUUUAUUAUAUAUCGAGGUCAAGAAAAUCAAUCAAUAAUUCUGUACUUUGAAAAGGUGCAUUUUACAGUUGUUAAGCACUUAAGUUAAUUAUUUAAUGAGGAUAUGCUACUAUGAACAUUUUAUGUUUAUGUUAAAGGUGUCAACAAGUGUUAUCAUAUAGAAGUUUUACCUUAUAUGGUCAAAAUAGAGUCACCUGACUUAUCCUUAGAAUAUUUUUAAAGAUACUGUUGUUUGAUGGGAUAUAUGAGACCACUUUGUAUUGCCAAUAUUUUAGAAUAUUACAAGAAUUGUACUAGAGUUGCACAAUUUUUGUCUUAUGGGUUGUUAUCGUGUGCAUAUUGUAAAUAAACAACAAAGGUAAUAUGUUGAUUAUAAUAA